GGAAAUGAAUGCACUCAGGAAGGAUCAGGUUCUCCCUCUUUAUGUAUUUCCUUGUGUGAUGGUGCAUUGCUGAAGCUCCUGGCCGGAUAUACACUUUGUGGUAGCCAUCAGGAAAUGUGGGGAAGCCAUGACCCGUUUGUGCAUGAGAUCAUACGCUUCUCUUUGUCUUGUCGUGGCCUCACCUUGAUGAUGCAGGUUUUGUUCAAUCUCCUGAUACCAGACCACACCGCUGAUGCCUUUUCUCCACCACGACCACCUCCAAGUUCUCUUGGUGACCACAUAGCAGAGCUCCUUCUGAGAGGUUUGGGCCGCUGGGAUGCAGAACACUUUCUAUUCAUAGCAGAGCAUGGCUAUGAAUAUGAACACAACACGGCUUUCUUCCCACUGCUCCCAAUGGUUAUCACAGGGCUGGCACGGGGGCCUCUUCUGCCCUUGGCAGGGGUGCUAACCUUGAGGAGUCGGUUGCUGCUUUCCUCCGCCCUCCUAAACUGUGCUUGCUCAACCCUGGCUGCAGUCUUUUUAUACCUCCUGGGACGUAUGACUCUGCAGUCCCGACGUACGGCCUUCCUGGCUGCACUUUUAUUUUGUAUGAGUCCUAUUUCAGUCUUCAUGACUGUUGCCUACUCAGAGAGCCUGUUUGCCAUGGCCACAUUCAGCGGUUUGUGGCAGUUGCAGAAGAAUCGAUUGCUAGCUGGCAGUGCGCUUCUCUCGCUGGCUACGGCAGCCCGUUCCAAUGGACUGGUGAAUGCUGGCUUCUUGGUACACUCUGGGAUGAAGGUGUUUUUACAGCCGAGUGGUCGUUGUGGGCCAUUGAUGAAAAGACUGUGUGGAAUUUUUAUAAUGAUUCUACCCUUUGCUGUUUUCCAAGGGUAUUGUUAUUAUAGAUUUUGCUUCCCAUCCUUCGGAGAAGGUCACCUACCUGAAGAGCUCAUACAACUGGCAAAAGACAAGGGAUACCGAGUGCGUGGAGAGCCAGCUCCUGUCUGGUGUUCGUACCAUUUUCCACUGGCGUAUUCCCACAUCCAGAGUGAAUACUGGGGUGUUGGACUCUUCCGCUACUUCCAGCUACGGCAGAUACCCAACUUCCUUUUGGCUACCCCAGUCAUAUUUCUUGGGAUCUGUGCAACAUUCAGAUAUAUUUCCUCUAACAUGGUACUAUGCAGCACUCUGGGGUUAUGGAAUGUGCGGAAAAAGGACAACUAUGGAUUCUAUGGACCUCAAGUGUUUGUCUAUGUUGCUCAACUCUUCUUCCUGACAGCAUUUGGAGCGCUGUGCAUGCAUGUGCAGACAUUUUUUUCUCUUGUACAGGUUGUCACCCGACUACUCUUCUCUUCCUGUCCUGUGCUCCUCUGGUUUUGCUCUCAUAUGAUUGAGGAGAAUGAGCCUUGGAUAUGGGGCUUGCAGAGAAAUAAGGAGGCUUCCAAUCCAGUUGUUCGCUUGCUCCGGGCCUGGAACUCACUGCAAACACGGACGCAGAUUCUGCUGGGCUAUUUCUUAGGGUACUGGGUGAUUGGGACAGCCUUACAUGUCAAUUUCCUCCCAUGGACGUAA